UUAAGACUGCAGGGGGAAAACAAGGGAGCGAGCAACUUGGUUCGUUGCAGGGAAGCGGCAAGGGGAUGGAGCACCCAGCACGCAGAGGGGAGGCGCUGACCAGCGGGCUGCGGGAGAGAUCGCUAGUGGAGGACGACGACCCCCACAUGAAGGUGUCCCUCGGGGGCGGUGACAUGGGCGUGUCCACUCACCUUCAGGCAUCGAAAUCGGGCAACACGCGCUUCUUCACGAGCAACACCCACAGUUCUGUCGUCCUGCAGGGUUUUGACCAGCUGAGGAUAGAAGGACUCCUGUGUGACGUGACUCUCGUGGCGGGGGACGGCGAUGAGGCCUUUCCCGUCCACCGGGCGAUGAUGGCAUCCUCCAGCGACUACUUCAAAGCCAUGUUCACAGGUGGAAUGAAGGAGCAGGACCUGUCGUGCAUCAAAUUGCAUGGUGUGAACCGGGUGGGCCUCAAGAAGAUCAUCGACUUCAUCUACACGGCCAAGCUCUCACUCAACAUGGAGAACCUGCAGGAUACGCUGGAGGCCGCCAGCUUCCUCCAGAUCCUGCCCGUGCUCGACUUCUGCAAAGUCUUUCUCAUCUCCGGGGUCUCCUUGGACAACUGCGUGGAAGUGGGCCGCAUCGCGAACGCCUACAACCUGACCGAGGUUGACAAGUACAUCAACAGCUUCAUUCUGAGGAACUUCCCGUCGUUGCUGGGCACCGGCGAGUUCGUCAAGCUGCCCUUCGAGCGGCUGGCCUUCGUGCUCUCCAGCAACAGCCUGCGGCACUGCGGCGAGCUGGAGCUCUUCAAGGCGGCGUGCCGCUGGCUGCGUCACGAGGACGGCCGCAUGGAGCAGGCGGCGCGCCUCAUGCGCAACGUCCGCUUCCCACUCAUGAGCCCGCAGGAGCUCAUCAACCACGUGCAGACGGUGGACUUCAUGCGCACGGACAACACCUGCGUUAACCUGCUGCUUGAGGCUAGUAACUACCAGAUGAUGCCGUACAUGCAGCCGGUGAUGCAGUCGGAGCGCACGGCCAUCCGCUCGGACAGCGCCCACCUGGUGACGCUGGGCGGCGUGCUGCGGCAGCAGCUGGUGGUCAGCAAAGAGCUGCGGCUCUAUGACGAGAAGGCGAGGCAGUGGAAGUCGCUGGCGCCCAUGGACGCGCCGCGCUACCAGCACGGCAUCGCAGUCAUCGGCAACUUCCUCUACGUGGUGGGCGGCCAGAGCAACUACGACACCAAGGGCAAGACGGCGGUGGACACGGUGUUCCGCUACGACCCGCGCUACAACCGCUGGAUCCAAGUCGCCUGCCUGAACGAGAAGCGCACCUUCUUCCACCUGAGUGCCCUCAAGGGGCACCUCUACGCCGUGGGGGGGCGCAAUGCUGCCGGGGAGCUGGCUACAGUGGAGUGCUACAACCCUCGGACGAACGAGUGGACCUACGUGGCCAAAAUGAACGAGCCCCACUACGGACACGCUGGGACGGUGUACGGAGGCUUCAUGUACAUUUCUGGGGGCAUAACUCACGACACCUUCCAGAAGGAACUAAUGUGCUUCGACCCAGAAGGGGACCGCUGGACGCACAAGGCACCCAUGACCACGGUGCGGGGGCUACACUGCAUGUGCACUGUGGCCGACCGGCUCUACGUCAUCGGCGGCAACCACUUCCGGGGCACCAGCGACUACGACGACGUGCUGAGCUGCGAGUACUACUCACCGGCGCUGGACCUGUGGACGCCCAUCGCCGCCAUGCUGCGCGGCCAGAGCGAUGUGGGCGUGGCCGUCUUCGAGAGCAAGAUCUACGUUGUGGGCGGCUACUCGUGGAACAACCGCUGCAUGGUGGAGAUCGUGCAGAAGUACGACCCCGACAGGGACGAGUGGCACAAGGUGUUCGACCUGCCCGAGUCGCUGGGCGGAAUCCGCGCCUGCACCCUCACUGUCCCCCCCCCGGAGGACCUUGCCGGUUCGCCGUCCAGAGAAUCGCCACUCUCGGCGCCUGAGGAAGGGGGGGGGGUCCUGUACCCCCCCCACCAUGACACUCGGAACCCUCAAACUGUACUCAGAUACUGUUUGCACUUUCCUCUAAGGAUGAUGUCAUACUGCCCCACCCCCACCCUGCACCCAGGGUCCACCCCUAACCCACUAGACUGUAUUUAUACACGGCUGCUAAGCUGACCUCCAGUUUUCACCCUGUAGGAAAACACGAGCGGUAAACUCCGCAGAAGCUACCAUCGGCAGUGCCCUUCCGUAACGAGCCGCUGAUCUUGGCGCCUGACAACCUCUCCUCGUUUAGCGGCUAAUUCUGUUAGUGGCCACUUGCUAAUGCAACGUAAUGAAAAUGUAUUUACCGACUGAUGCACGCGUUUGCUGGCAGAUUUUCCUAUGUUCGAGAGUGACGCACACUGGAGCGAGAGAUUCCUUUAAUGUCUUAGAGCGAAAAUGUCCACUUCAUUGAAGGAUAUAAAAAGCUGCGUGUGGAAGGUUGCAGCGAGGUCAUAAACACGGUCGCAGGCCGCCUAGGCCACUGUGAUUUUCACUUGGCGACCAUUUUCCCUAACGGCCUGGUUGCUGGAACGGAACUCGGUCGCUAGACGAGGAGCGGUUGUAUUUGUGUCUUAGCGUUGCACAUCCAGAACAUCGUCCCUCAGGCCCGCAAUGCCGCAGGUUCUUAAUUCGGAUAUUUGGCCCAUUUUUUUUCUAGCUGAUACCUUUGAAUUUUACUGCACCCAAGCCGGUUUUUUUUUUACCCAUUGCCCGGGGACCCAGGUGACGUAUUUGUGAUCCCAAGGCAGCACCGGGCACGUAGAUCGUGCGAGGGAUUACCUGUAUUUUAAUCUCAGGACUAGGCCAGCAUCCCCCCCACCCCACCCCUCCCUGAGCCGUCUGAUCCUGACAUUGCUGUUGACCGUUAACA